UCAGUGUUCGACCUGUGAUCACCAUGGCGGGCCUGGUAGUUCUGUUGCUCUUGGGGGCUGCGGUGUGUGCGGCGCAGCCUCGCGGCCGGAUCCUGGGCGGCCAGGAGGCCGAGGCGCAUGUGCGGCCCUACAUGGCUUCCGUGCAGGUAGACGGCAGACACCUGUGCGGCGGCGUCCUGGUGGCUGCGCAGUGGGUGCUGAGCGCCGCACACUGCCUGGAGGAGGCGGACGGCAAGGUGCAGGUGCUGCUGGGCGCACACUCACUAUCGCAGCCCGAGCCCUCCAAGCGCCUGUACGACGUGAGUCGCUUGGUGCCCCACCCGGACAGCAGUCCCGACACCAUUGACCACGACCUCCUCCUGCUGCAGCUGUCAGAGAAGGCGGUGCUGGGUCCGGCCGUGCAACCCCUGCCCCUGCAGCGCGUGGACCGCGACGUGGCACCCGGUACGCUCUGCGACGUCGCCGGCUGGGGCGUGGUCAGCCACUCAGGUCGCAGACCUGACCGCCUGCAGCACGUGCGCCUGCCGGUGUUAGACCGGGCCACCUGCAACCUGCGCCGGUACCACGAUGGCGCCAUCUCGGAGCGCAUGAUGUGCGCCGAGAGCAAGCGGCGCGACAGCUGCAAGGGAGACUCGGGCGGCCCGCUGGUGUGUGGAGGCGUGGUCGAGGGCGUGGUCACCUCGGGAUCCCGCGUGUGCGGCAACCCCCGGAAGCCGGGGAUCUACACGCGCGUAGCCAGCUACAAAGCCUGGAUCGACAGCGUGCUGGGCGAGGGCACAGCGGCCUGAGCAGAACUGUAGGCGGCCAGCACUGGGCACACAAUAAACGCAUUCAAAUCUGA